AUGGCUGAUGAGGAUACUGCCGCCGGCAACAUCGACGAGAGCGACAAGCAAGUCACGUUCAACGUCAAGUCCUCAUCUGAUGCGAAAUUCGUCCUCACCGUUCCAGUCACCACCACUGUCGGCGACCUCAAACAGAAACUGUCCACCGAAGAAUAUGCCAGCAUACCUGCGGAGCGGCAACGUCUCAUCUACAGCGGACGAGUGCUGAAGGAUGCCGACACGGUGGGCGCAUGCAAGAUCAAGGAUGGGAACACUGUACAUUUGGUGCGCGGUGCGGAGAGCAAUCAACGACAGAACCCUGCAAACCAAGGUGGCGCCGCCGUCCCUCCCGGUGCUGGCCAGCCAGCGUCCCACGUGCCGACCAACAUUGCCGCAGGACAAGGCGCGGGCAACCCUCUGGCACAGUUGACCGGCGCUCGAUAUGCCGGUUUCCACGGACUGCCUGGUGCCGACAGUUUCGGAGCCGAUGGAGGUAUGGGCGCACCUCCGAACCCAGAGCAGAUGCUCCAGCUGCUGGACGAUCCCAACUUCGCGCAGCAGAUGAACGAGGCGAUGAACAACCCAGCAGUCAUCGACAUGCUCCGCAACAACCCGAUGAUCCGCAACAACCCUCAGAUGCGCGCGGUGAUCGAAAAUCCCGAGAUGCGUCGGUUGAUGUUGAACCCCGAGAUGAUC